AGAGAGAGCAAUAUCACUAGCCAGGUAAGGGUGUUUUAGCAAGAAGGAGAGGCCAGAAUUGCUCACAAAUCUGAAAAGGGGCUAAACCCCUCCAAACACCCUUAUCCUAUCUUCUUGAGUACCUUUUUUGACAAAGAUUUUCCUUCACUUUCUCUCCUCUCCAAAUUACUCUCCCUCUCUCUCUUUGUCCACCUCCUUUUUUUUUUCCUCAGUAUCAUUGCCUUUUAAUCCGCUGCUUCUCUUUUUCUUUUUAUUUAGUUCUACGAUUCCAUUAAUUUCACUUUAAUUUUCGGCCAAAACUAGGUUUGAAGAAUCACUUAUUGUCAUAAUAAGCUAUCAUAAAGGGAAAUGGCCCCAAGAUCAGGUAGAGGUAAGACCGGCAAAGCAAAGGCAGAUAAGAAGAAAAAAGAAGAAAAAGUUGUGCCAGCUGUCGUUGAUAUUACCGUCAUAACACCAUACGACGCUCAAGUUAUUCUCAAGGGCAUCUCCACUGAUAAGAUACUUGAUGUAAGAAGGCUAUUGGCUGAAAAUGUGGAGACAUGCCACCUCACAAACUAUUCCCUUUCUCACGAGGUCAAAGGUCAAAAAUUGAGUGAUAGCGUAGAGGUUGUUGCGCUAAAGCCCAGUCUGCUGAGAAUAGUUGAAGAAAACUAUACCGAAGAAGCUCAAGCCAUUGCCCACGUGCGGCGGUUACUUGACCUCGUGGCCUGCACGACCAGGUUCGCAAAGUCCAGAAGGUCACCAUCGAGCCCAGACUCAAAGUCCAGGAAAAGCCUUAGCAGGCCCAACAACAACAACCACAGCGUGAGCCAGUCCAGGAGCUCGGGCCCACAUUCGGCGCCCGAUGCAAUCGACGGCCGUGCACGGUCGCCGCCGUCGUUUCCGGCGAUCUCGGAGAAUUUCGGGAUGGCGGCCAUCCACCCGACGCCGAAGCUCUCCGAAUUCUACGACUUCUUCUCUUUCUCUCACCUCUCCUCUCCGAUCCUCCAUUUGAGAAGAUGCGAGGAUAUAGAAGAGAGGCGCCACGGAGACUAUUUUCAAAUGCAGAUAAAGAUCUGUAAUGGAAAGCAAAUACAAGUGGUUGCAUCAGUCAAAGGGUUCUACACAGUGGGGAAACAGUUCCUACAAAGCCAUUCUUUGGUUGAUCUGCUCCAACAAUUUAGCCAAGCUUUUGUCAAUGCUUAUGAGUCCUUAAUCAAAGCCUUUACUGAACAUAACAAGUUUGGUAAUCUUCCAUAUGGAUUCCGAGCAAACACAUGGCUUGUGCCUCCAUCGGUAGCUGACUCUCCAUCAAACUGCCCAUCCUUACCAGCAGAAGAUGAGAACUGGGGUGGAAAUGGUGGGGGCCCGGGAAGAAAUGGCAAACAUGAUCUUCAGCCAUGGGCUACGGAUUUUGCAAUACUGGCUAGCCUUCCUUGCAAAACUGAGGAUGAGAGGGUGGUUCGCGACCGCAAGGCCUUUUUGCUUCAUAGUAAAUUCGUCGAUGCCUCAAUCUUUAAAGCUGCUUCAGCAAUACAGCAUUUUGUAGAUUCCAACUCGAAAGCAAACAAGUCUUCAGUUGUGCAUGAGGAACAAAUAGGAGACUUGUCCAUCACAAUUAAACGUGAUAUAACAGAAGUGACCUCAAAUUCUCAAGUCAAAGUAAAUGAUGAAUUAUCUGGUUUGUCUUCUGAGGAAUUUGCUCAGAGGAAUUUGCUGAAGGGAUUAACUGCAGAUGAGAGUGUAGUUGUUCAUGAUACUUCUUCCUUGGGUGUUGUAAGUGUAAGUCAUUGUGGAUAUAUUGCAACAGUUAAAGUUGUCGGCAAUGUGAAUAAAAGGAAGCUUCAGGCUCUAGAAAUUGAAGUUGGUGAUCAACCAGAUGGAGGAGCAAAUGCUCUUAAUGUCAACAGCUUGAGGGUUCUGCUUCAAAAGUCUACCACCGAAACUUUGGGAGGUAGUCAAUCUGAUUUGGAUAGUUCAGAAACUUCUAGAUGUCUGGUUCGAAGGGUAAUCAAAGAGAGCUUGAAAAAGUUAGAGGAAGAGCCUAAACUAUUUGAAAGGCCUAUCAGAUGGGAACUGGGUUCUUGUUGGGUGCAACAUCUACAAAAGCAAGAAACCCAUACCGAUAACAACUCAAAAAACUCCAAGGCUGAUAAUGAGUCUGAACCAGCUAUUAAAGGUCUUGGCAAGCAGUUUAAGUCGUUGAAGAAGCGGGAAAAGAAAUCAUCUGGUGAAAGUACUACAAACAAUAGGGAAGACCCUGAUUCUUGCUCUAGCAGCCCGCAAAUGGAAUUAGAUAAGGGAGAGCCAAAUAACGUAGAGUUGAGCAGUGACUCAGAAUUAAAGAAACUAGUUUCUGAGGAUGCCUACUUGCGGCUGAAGGAAUCUGGAACUGGCCUUCAUCUUAAGUCAGUAGAUGAGCUAAUCAAUAUGGCACGAAAAUACUAUGAGGAAACUGCUUUACCGAAGCUGGUAACAGACUUUGGAUCACUUGAACUUUCUCCAGUUGAUGGCCGUACACUAACUGACUUCAUGCAUUUGAGGGGACUACAGAUGCGGUCUUUAGGUCGUGUGGUGGAACUUGCUGAGAAGCUUCCUCACAUACAGUCACUUUGUAUACAUGAGAUGGUUACUCGUGCUUUCAAGCAUGUACUUAAAGCAGUCAUCGCUUCUGUUGACGAUGUAUCAGAUUUGUCCGCAGCAAUAGCAUCGUCAUUAAAUUUUUUGCUUGGACAUAUUGGGUCACAAGAGAAUGACCAGAACCUGAAGGAUGAUGACGCCCUCAAAAUGCGAUGGUUAGAGAAAUAUCUAGCCAGAAAAUUUGGCUGGACACUGAAAGAAGAAUUUCCGUACUUGAGAAAGUACUCAAUUCUCCGAGGGCUUUGCCACAAGGUUGGUUUGGAGUUGGUCCCAAGAGAUUAUGACUUGGAAUGCCCAAACCCCUUCAGAAAAUAUGAUAUUAUUAGCUUGGUUCCCGUGUGUAAGCAUGUAGCAUGCUCUUCGGCAGAUGGUAGGAAUUUACUAGAAUCAUCAAAAAUUGCUCUUGAUAAAGGAAAGCUUGAGGAUGCUGUUACUUAUGGAACCAAGGCAUUGACAAAGAUGAUUGCUGUUUGUGGUCCGAAUCAUCGUGCCACUGCAAGUGCUUACAGUCUUCUAGCGGUGGUUCUUUACCACACUGGAGAUUUUAAUCAGGCAACCAUAUAUCAGCAAAAGGCAUUGUAUAUUAAUGAGAGGGAGCUUGGGCUUGACCAUCCAGAUACUAUGAAAAGCUAUGGGGAUCUUUCAGUUUUCUAUUACCGUCUUCAACAUAUUGAAUUGGCUUUGAAGUACGUGAAUCGUGCUUUGUUUCUUCUUCAUUUUACAUGUGGACUAUCUCACCCAAACACUGCCGCAACAUAUAUAAACGUCGCGAUGAUGGAAGAGGGCAUGGGGAAUGUUCAUGUUGCUCUCAGAUACCUGCAUGAAGCUCUCAAGUGCAACCAAAGACUACUAGGAGCAGAUCACAUUCAAACGGCUGCAAGCUAUCAUGCCAUAGCCAUAGCUCUUUCAUUGAUGGAAGCAUAUUCCCUCAGUGUCCAACAUGAGCAAACCACACUUAAGAUACUCCAAGCCAAACUUGGGCCAGAAGAUCUUCGUACUCAGGAUGCAGCCGCAUGGCUUGAAUAUUUCGAGUCGAAAGCUUUGGAGCAGCAAGAGGCGGCAAGAAAUGGAACCCCAAAGCCAGAUCAAUUAAUUGCAAGCAAAGGCCACCUUAGUGUAUCAGAUCUGCUCGAUUUCAUAAGUCCUGAUCAGGAUUCAAAAGGAAGUGAUGCGCAGAGGAGGCAACGGCGAGCAAAGGUACUGCAAGCAGAAGAGAAAGUCUGUGAAGAACAUCAUGUAGCAACAGCUAAAGAUGAGAUGCCAAAUGAUGUCACAGAAAAUGCCGCAGCUAAACCGGAUGGUGUUACAGAAGUAAACUCAGGAAGCAUGCUUCAUCAAAAAGAAAUGGAAGAAAAUGAUGAUAUUUCAAGAUAUGGGUUGACAUUUACAAGUGGAGCUGUAGAAGAAACGACUUCAGAUGAAGGGUGGCAAGAGGCCAGUUCAAAAGGGCGAUCUGGGAAUACUUCAACCGGCCGAAAGUCUGGGCGGAGGAAGCCAGUUCUCUCAAAGCUAAACUUACAGAGUGAAUAUUCAAACUCUAGAGAGAGCAGAUAUGGAAGGGAAGUCAAUUCAGCAUCACAACAUGUGAUUCCCAAGUCUAUUACUACCGAGUUGUCUCCACAAAAGCAGCCACGGGGUCGUAGCUCGAGUACGGGGCAGGAUUUAGUUAAACAUCAGGCAAAAGCUUCUGCAUCUAAAGUCUCCUCACCAACCAUUCAUAGUACCAUCGCUUCAAAAUCUUUAUCUUACAAAGAAGUAGCGUUGGCACCGCCUGGCACUGUUCUAAAGCCAUUGCUGGAAAAAGCAGAUGAAAUAGCUGUGGAGAAGCCAGAAACCAAGGUGAGUAACGUUCCACCUGAGACAUCAAAGCAUGAAGAGAGUAAAACUAACUCUGUAGUUGAAACAAUCACAAAGAGUGAAACAGAAGGAACUAAUGAAAGUGAGGGUCAUAGGGAAAAUAGUGGAGCAGAACUUGAAGAGGAAAAGUCCAAAGAAAAAUAUGGAAGCAAACUUUCUGCUGCAGCUGAACCUUUCAACCCGGGACCGAUCACCCUGUCUCACCCUUUAAAUUCAGCAGCUGUCACAAGCGUUUAUGAUGUUAGAGUCAGCCAAGAAAUGCUUUCAGAGCCUGUGGUGGUUCCGCCUGCGGCUGCUCGAGUUCCUUGUGGGCCUAGAUCGCCGUUGUAUUACAGAACCAACUAUUCUUUCGACAUGAGACGUGAUAUUCCCAAGUUUCCAACUCCCACAACCGAAAGAACAGGAUCAGAACCUCAAAGAAUCAUGAACCCGAAUGCACCGGAGUUUGUUCCAAGAAGAGCGUGGCAAACAAAUCCUGUGAUUGCAAAUGCAGGAGUUCCGGCUGAAUCAGACACGUCAUUAGAGAUCAAUAGGCCAGAAGUGGAGAAACUCGAUGACAAGUCCAACGAUGAACCUACAGAUGGUAACUCUAGAAAGAGCAUCUCUGAGACCGAAAAGUCCGAGCUUGCGAGGCAGAUCCUGCUUAGCUUCAUUGUGAAGUCUGUACAACAUAACAUGGACAGUGCUGGCGAGUUUGCAGUUAGUGGGAAGAAGUCUGACCGCUCGGAGAAACUUUCUGAUGCAAUUGAAAACGACAGUGCCAUUAUAAAGAUACACUACGGAAAUGAAGGGAAGACAGAACACAAGGUUUCUCAGACUGGUAAUUCUGAGGCUCAGAAAGUUGUAGAUGUAAAUAAGAAAAGUGGGGAUGGUGAAGGAUUUAUAGUUGUUACAAAGAGGAGAAAAAACAGGCAACAGUUCAGUAAUGGUGUGACUGGUUUGUACAGUCAACAGUCCAUAUGUGCUUCUGUUCGUUGAAGAGAGAGAGAGAGAGAGAGAGAUUCACUGGGAAGAAUUUGGCCUAAGUACCUUCUCCAAUUUCUCACUUACUUUUGACAAUGUAGAAAGUCGGGAGAUAGAGGAAAAGUUCUGAGUCUCAAGUUAGUUUGGGACAUUCUAAUAAACCGCGUUGAGCGUUCUUUUCUCGUGUAGAGAUUUUGAUGAAUAAAAAGCCAAUCAGAUCCUUUCAUGUGUA